AUGAGCUGGCUCUGGGGCAACGAGACCACAGAGCAGGCGCAGUUCGUCGUGAGCGCCCUCCAGCACGAACUGGACGAGCGCGAGGGCAAGAUCCGGGCGCUGGAGGUGGCGCUCAAGCGGGAGCAGCAGGACCUGACGCGCGUGCUGGCGGACGAAGUGGCGGCGCUCGAGACGCGGCGGCGCGCGCUGGAGCAGGAGCUCGCGGCCGUGAAUGUACUGAUUUUAGACAAGAAAGCGCGGCUAAAAGAAAGCACUCGCGAGGGCAGAAAGCUGAAAAACGCGAAAAAGCCGAGUGGAUUAGUUGCCGACACGGCCCAAAUAGAAGCGCGGGGGGCUUGUAAAGAGGGCGAACCGAACCACCGGCUAUCAAGGGCGGUGUUUAAUACAAAGGACACAGACGGGGCGAACGAAGACAAGCCAAAGGUCGCGGCAGACGAUAUGACGUCGGCUGCUGUCGAUGGACGCGACUCGAGACCGGUGCUGCCAAUGGAUCAGCACUUGAAACGGGUGGCCAAAGAUGAGCCAAAUGUGGCGUUUAUCAUCCAACGGAGCAAUAACGCCAACACGGUCGUGUAUGCCGGCUGCAAGUCAGCGGGGGGGACGUCGCUGGACCAAACGAACCCCAUUAAGGUCUACUGGAUCAUGUUCGAGAAGGAGGGCAACCCACGGGAAGAGCUGAACAUGAUUGAGCGCACGACAGCGUACGGCGUGACAGCGAAGCCCCACGAAGUGCCGGGCGAGUUUAUGGUCGCGAUCGCUUCGUUACGCGAUCGUGACUGCGUUUUGCGUCUGGACAAACAUGGCAAUGUGAUGGCUGUGACGACAAUCGGCGGCAAGAAGGGGAUGGUCCUGCGCCGAGUGUUUGUCCAGAUGACAACGAGUUGGGGCAUCCCGACUGUGGACUAUGUUGAUAUUUUUGGCGUUGAUCCCGAGACGCAUGAAGCUGUAUACGAGAAGAAGAAGAACAAGUAG